CACAGUCUUAAGCUGUGCCACGGCAGAUUUAGGUUGGACAUCAGGAAGAAUUUCUUCACAGAAAGGACGAUUAUACAUUGGAAUGGGUUGCUCAGGGGAGGUGUUGGAGUCACCAUUCCUGGAGGUGUUUUAAGUAAAGACUGGACGUCGUUUUUGGUGCCAUGGUCUAGUUGACAUGGCGGUGUUCAGUCAUGGGUUGAACUCGAUUUUUUUUUUUUAAGUAAGUAAAAAAAUAGUUUGUAGAACAAGGCUUGUUCUGUGAUGUAAGCAUCUUUGUAUAAAUUAACACAAAGCAGUAAAAUACACUUAUUUUGCCUUGUGUAACCAGUUUUUGGAAGUACUGCUUAUAGUGGUUUUUUAUCCUGCCGUCCGAAGGGCGCUGACAGCAAGGCAGCAGAAUGAAGUUGGAGUGGUGUAGUCGAUUUGCCCUUUGCUCCAAGACAACCAGCCAGACCUUUCUGCUUGGAGGAAUGUUCAUUGCGUUGGGCUCAAGUCGAAUCCUCCUCAUGAAAUAUUCUGCCAAUGAAGAUAACAAAUAUGAUUACCUUCCUACAACAGUGAACAUGUGUUCUGAAGUAGUGAAAGUGGUCCUCUGUGUGGUGUUGGCACUCUGGAAUAGGAAAAAAGAAAAGGGUUGUAUGGAUCAUCUCUCUGAAUGUUUUUCCUGGAAGAAUGUAUGUAAUUCCAUGAAAUGGUCCAUCCCUGCCUUUCUUUACUUUCUGGAUAAUUUGAUUGUCUUCUACGUACUGUCCUACCUCCAGCCAGCAAUGGCUGUACUCUUCUCAAAUUUUGUCAUUAUAACAACAGCUCUUCUCUUCAGGAUAGUGCUAAAGCGAAGACUCUCUUGGGUACAAUGGGCGUCUCUGGUGAUUUUAUUCCUGUCCAUCGUUGCCCUGACUCGAGGAACUGGAGGCCAUCAGCACAGCUUGGCUGCACAUGGACUUCAUCACAGUAUGUUUUUUAGGCCAUCUAACCACUGCCUUCUCUCUACUGGACCUGAGGAAGCAUGCGUGGAAAAGGGCGACUGCGCACCACCAAGUUUCCUUCACAGCUUCCAGUGGAAUGUGACCAGUACCAUGGCAGGAGCAUUGAAGCCUCUCCGCCUCAGCCUGGGCCAUCUGCUUAUUCUAGUGCAGUGCUUUGUGUCUGCCCUGGCUAACAUCUACAAUGAAAAGAUGCUGAAAGAUGUGGAUCAGCUUGGGGAAAGUAUCUUCACGCAGAACAGCAAGCUCUAUGCCUUUGGGGUGCUGUUCAAUGGGCUCAUGCUGGCGCUGCAGGCUAAGGACCGGAGACAGAUAGGGAACUGUGGCUUCUUUUAUGGGCACAACAUCUUCUCCGUGGCUCUUAUAUUUGUCACAGCUUUCCUGGGGCUGUCUGUAGCCUUCAUCUUGAAGUUCCGAGACAACAUGUUCCAUGUUAUGACUGCUCAGAUCAACACUGUCAUCAUCACCACUGUGUCUUUCAUCAUCUUUGACUUCAGGCCUUCUCUAGAGUUCUUUUUGGAAGCUCCUGUAGUGCUUCUCUCCAUAUUCAUUUAUAAUGCCAGUAAAGCAAGAGGCUUGGAAUAUGCCACUCUGCGGGAAAGGGGAAAACUCAUCAAAGGAGAUGCCUGGGAGAGGUCAAGUGGGGAUGGAGAAGAAUUUGAGAGGUUGAACAAACCAAGCAGUGACAUCGAUACAGAUGAAGAUUCCCUCUAGCAUGAGGCUGGCUCGGAGGAGUGCAAUUGCUCCUAGUGAGAGAGAGUUAAUCUUUUAUUAACAUAGGGAAGGGUCGUUUUUCCCCACUGACAGGCUGUUUGGAACUGUUUUGGGGCUGGAUGUCAAGUAUGGAUGAGGACAGUAUUCAAGCUGUAUAUGUUGAGAGUUGUAUUCCUUUGUGCCUGUCACCCAGUGUCUGGGGAAAUGGAAUCUGGAAUGCCUUUAUAGCAGCUGGUGAAUUUUACAUGCAGCUUACGUGGCCUAACUUGGAAAGAGCUUGAAUAAAACAGAAGUUUAUUAAACAGUA